CUCAGUUCAUUCUUUGUGAGCAGUUCUUCCAUUUCUUUCGUUGAAAAUCUGCCUGCACAGCGCAAUCCUCUGCUGCUAGACUCCUCCCGUUUCCUGAGGGCCUUCUCUCCCUAAAUCCAGACGCCAGCCUAGACUCUUUCUUCCCGCAGCUAGCUUUAUCGCGAAAGUGUCGUGCAAGCCCCUUUCUCCCGAGAGACAUUCCUGCCAGAAGGACCUACUUCCAAAGUUCGAGCAGGCUAGCAUCCUCAGCAGCGAUGGCGACCGUCGAUCUUGAGCUUCCCGGGGCAUCACACGAUUGGAAUUCCGAAUUCUCUCCUCGUAUGACGAAGGCGCAGCGCGCCAAGCUGAAGGCCGCAUACAGACGAGAUCAUCCCAAGCAACUGGCGGAGCCCCCUGAAUUUCCCACGAGUUAUGGCUGCUGGGGGGACUGGGAGCCUCCCAAUUGGUGGGUGAAAAAGCAGCAGGAGGAGCAAGAGAAAUGGGCGCGCGUCGUGAGACAAUUCAAGGGGGACAGGGCCGUGGCUGAGAGGGUUCGCGGAAAGUUCCAGAAGCAGCUGGUUUUGAGGAAGGCUGAACGCGCGAGGAGCAAGGAGAUCCGAAGCACCGGCCGCGAGAAAGGCGAAGGGCGAACUUUCUGAGAAAGGCGGCCUGAACUCUCAAAGUUCUACGUUCACGGAAGGUUUCAGAAGCAACAGCGGCGUCUCUGCAGAUUUUCUGCGGGUUGAUCGCGUGAGGAGCAAUGAGAUCAUCUCACCAGCCGCGAGAGAGGCGAACUGUCGAAGUGAGGGAAUUCGAGUUCAGGAGCGAAUCGAUAUGGAUUUCAGAAACAAAUCGAUCUCUCGGAGCUUUCAGUUGGCCUAUUACGGCUUCAACUUCAAGUUGUAUGCGGGAGACAGUAAGAUGUGCUAGAGGAGAGAGAACACCUUCGACUGUCCAAGUACACAGGAGUUUUUUCUUGUUUUUCUCCUGUUAUUUGUGCAAUUCUUUCAUUAAGAUUAUUAUUGUCGUAACUUGGAAGUGCCUAGGGCAGAUGCUGAAUGUACCCCCCCCCCCGGAAGAUAGACAAUGGACUUUGUAUACUACUUUUUCUUUUCCUGCUUAUGAAUUCUCAAAUCUGCUGCAUCAGGUCUAAAAGAUCCCUCUAUAUGGCGAUGCACUUGGAUGCACACACCCCUGUGCAAUGCUGAGAAACUGCAUGACGCCAGGGACAUGGCAAUGAAGAAGUGGUGGAGGUGUAGCCUAGGAGUAUUCCACCUCAA